GCCUGAGAAGCCAAAUCUCAGCAAUAAAGAGAGAGAAUCGAUUCCAGAAGAAGAAAACAGCCAAGAUCAAACCAAGAGAAAAGUUAAAAAGAAAGAAAAUGAUGAACGUAAAGAGGAGGAAGUAAAAGAAA